AUGGAUAUAUAUGAUGUGUUUGUUCAUGUAAAAUGGACUGACUCAUGUGGAUUCGAAAAGAAAGUUAAUAUUCCUGCUAAUGCUACAUGGAAGCAGAAUGGUGUAACUAUUGCUGGAGGUAACCGGAGUGGGGAUGCCACUAAUCAACUCACGUGGCCUGAAGGUCUCCUCGUUGAUGAUGAUCAAACAGUGGUUAUUGCUGACUGGGGGAAUAAUCGUAUCAUGCAAUGGAAGAACGGUGAUACAACGAAUGGACAAGUUGUUGCUGGUGGCCAAGGCAAAGGAAAUGGAUUACAUCAAUUGGAUCGUCCAACUGAUGUAUUAAUUGACAAAGAGACGGAUAGUCUCAUUAUUUGUGAUUAUGGGAAUCGACGAGUUGUACGAUGGCCUCGUCGUAGUGGUGCAACACAAGGUGAAAUACUCAUCGACAACAUCGAUUGUUAUCGAUUGGCAAUGGAUGAUCAGAGAUAUCUUUACGUUUCUGACGGCGAAAAACAUGAAGUAAGACGAUAUCAAUUGGGUGAGAAGAAUGGCACUCUCGUAGCUGGUGGUAAUGGUAAAGGUGCUGGACUCAAUCAACUCAACUGGCCGACAUAUCUCUUUGUCGAUCGACAACAGACUGUCUACGUAUCAGACAACAACAAUCACCGUGUAAUGAAAUGGGUGGAAGGUGCAAAAGAAGGUAUUGUGAUUGCUGGAGGACAAGGCGCAGGGAGUUCUCUGACACAACUGUAUGGUCCUAAUGGAAUCUUCGUUGAUACGUUGGGUGCACUCUAUGUAGCCGACUUCUGGAAUAAUCGUGUAGUGCGUUGGACUCAAGGAGACAAGAAACAAGGCACUGUAGUUGUGGGUGAAAAUGACAAAGGAGCAGGAGAAAAUCAGUUCCACUACCCCAUUGGUUUGUCUUUCGAUCGACAUGGUAAUCUCUAUGUCGCCGAUGCGAAUAAUGCUCGUGUUCAACGAUUUUCUAUCGAAUAA